UUUCUUUCCUGGAGUAUAUAGGCCUCUGCACGAAACAGUUCUGCAGCAAAGCAGCAUCCGAGAUAAGAAGAGGAACAAGCACAUCCGAACGCAUCUCCAAGAGUGAAAAUCGCAAUCGUUGACAGCUAUGAGAAUGAAAAAAUAUGAAGACUUCCUUUGCUACCCGAACACAUCGCAAGCAUGUGGGUAUCCAGCCUUAUUGCUCUGUGCCUCGUGGCCGUAGCCGUGUCUGGUGAAGACAAGAAGCUGAGCAGCCAUGCGACCUCAGUGGCAGACUCAAGCGCUAACCUCGCCUUCAACCUCUACCACAAUGUCGCCAAAGAGAAGAACCUCGAUAACAUCCUCAUCUCUCCUGUGGUGGUGGCUUCCUCUUUGGGCGUGGUUGCCAUGGGCGGCAAAUCUUCCACCGCCUCGCAGGUGAAGACCCUCCUGAAGGCCGACUCCCUGAAGGACGAGCACCUGCACACAGGUCUGUCCGAGCUUCUCACUGAGGUGAGCGACCCGGAGGCCCGUAACGUCACGUGGAAGAUUAGCAACAGGCUGUACGGCCCCAGCUCCGUCAGCUUUGCCGACGACUUUGUCAAGAACAGCAAGAAGCACUACAACUACGAACACUCGAAGAUCAACUUCCGCGACAAGAGAAGCGCCAUCAGCUCCAUCAAUGAAUGGGCCGCCAAGUCAACCGACGGCAAGCUGCCGGAAGUCACCAAAGAUGUGAAAAACACAGAUGGGGCUAUGAUCGUCAACGCCAUGUUCUUCAAACCCCACUGGGAUGAGAAGUUUCACCACAAGAUGGUUGACAAUCGUGGUUUCCUGGUUACUCGCUCCUUCACGGUUUCUGUUCCCAUGAUGCACCGUACAGGUCUCUAUGAUUUUUACGAUGACACAGAGAACAGGCUGUAUGUGUUGAGCAUGCCUUUGGCACAUAAGAAGUCCAGCAUGGUUUUCAUUAUGCCCUACCAUUUGGAGCCUCUGGAGAGACUGGAGAAACUGCUUACUCGCAAACAGGUGGACACCUGGGUCAGCAAACUUGAGGAGAAAGCUAUCGCCGUCUCUUUGCCUAAAGUUAGCAUGGAAGUCAGCCAUGACCUUCAGAAACAUCUCGGAGAGCUUGGUCUUACUGAGGCUGUGGACAAAUCUAAGGCAGACCUGUCCAACAUUUCUGGAAAGAAGGAUCUCUACCUUGCCAAUGUCUUCCACGCUUCCUCACUCGAGUGGGACACUGAGGGAAAUCCUUUUGAUACCAGCAUUUACGGCAGUGAGAAGAUCAGGAACCCCAAGCUUUUUUACGCUGACCAUCCAUUCAUUUUCCUUGUUAAAGACAACAAGACCAACUCCAUCCUUUUUAUUGGCAGGCUAGUACGACCCAAAGGUGAUAAAAUGAGAGAUGAAUUGUAGUUGAUAGUGAAAGGUUUAAUAUUUCAUGAUGUUUGAUAAUGACAAUAUUGUUAUUUUAUGGUGUGACUGUUACCUCAAAUGCACAUUCCAAUGAAUAAUCUGUGUAUGGUGAACUGCUCAGUAGAUUCAAGAACAAAACAUUCAAUUUUUUUAUACAUUAGAGACAAUACACUCCCUUAGGUAGUAUAUACAAAUGUAGCCAUAAGUUUGACAUUGUUGGCAUCAAUCGUGUAGAUUAUUCAAUCAGAUACUAUGCUUAUAUUAAGUGUAGUGCCAUUGAUGUUUGGAUGUGGUAUUGUGAAAUUUAUGAGUGCGCUUGUAGAGCAUUACAUUAUGUGACAUCUGUGUACUGCCAUUUUUGCCUUAUCUUUAAUGUUUAAAGGGAAAAGGCAUUGUGUUUCUCAAGCUCAUCUAGUAGAUUUCAUGUUUACCCAACAAGAGUCUGUAUUCCAGCCUGUCUUUCAAACAUUUCAGUAUGUCAGAUGUCAUGCUAUGUUUCAUGUUGUGUUUGCCAUGUAUGGCUUUUUGCAUUUUUGGGAAAGUGUGCAUAUUUUUCUUUUAAUUUCAUGUUGUAUGUUUUUCAAUAAAUUUAAUUUAAAACAA